UGUUUUGCGGUUGCAGACAGGGGCUUCGAUCUCACUUUCCGGACGGCGGAUGAUGCAGGCCUGUCGCUGAUAAAAUACGGGGAAUUUCUCUAUGAAAACUUGAUCAUUUUCUCACCAUCCAUAGAAGAUUUUGGCGGAAACAUCAACGUGGAGACCAUCACUGCUUUCAUUGACGGCGGCGGCAGCGUCCUUGUUGCUGCCAGCUCGGACAUCGGAGACCCGCUGCGAGAGCUGGGCAGUGAGUGUGGGAUCGAGUUUGAUGAGGAAAGGACAGCUGUCAUCGACCAUCACAACUACGAUAUAUCAGACCCUGGCCAGCACACGCUCAUAGUUGCAGACACUGAAAACCUCCUGAAGGCCCCCACCAUCGUGGGGAAAGCGGCGCUAAACCCCAUCCUUUUCCGAGGAGUCGGGAUGGUGGCUGAUCCCGACAACCCGCUGGUGCUGGAUAUCCUGACCGGCUCUUCUACCUCCUACUCCUUCUUCCCAGAUAAGCCUAUUACUCAGUACCCGCAUGCCGUUGGGAAGAACACCCUUCUGAUCGCAGGACUCCAGGCCCGGAACAACGCCCGCGUUGUUUUCAGCGGCUCCUUGGAUUUCUUUAGCGACGCCUUCUUCAACUCUGCUGUGCAGAAAGCUACCCCCGGCUCCAAGAGGUACUCGCAGACGGGUAAUUACGAGCUGGCUGUUGCCUUGUCCCGCUGGGUGUUCAAGGAGGAGGGAGUGCUCCGCGUCGGAGCGGUGUCCCACCACCGCGUGGGGGAACUCACGCCUCCCAGUGCCUACACCGUCACCGACCUCGUGGAGUACAGCAUCGUCAUCGAAAAGCUUUCUGACGGCAGGUGGGUCCCCUUCGACGGAGACGAUAUUCAGCUGGAGUUCGUCCGCAUCGAUCCCUUCGUGCGGACCUUCCUGAAGAGGAACGGUGGCAAAUACAGCGUGCGCUUCAAGCUGCCGGACGUCUACGGCGUGUUUCAGUUUAAAGUGGAUUAUAACCGCCUGGGAUAUACUCACCUCUACUCCUCCACCCAGGUGUCCGUGCGUCCCCUCCAGCACACGCAGUACGACGGCGCCUUCUCCAUGAUGGUUGGACUCUUCCUGUUCAGCAUCGUCUUCCUGCACAUGAAGGAGAAGGAGAAAUCUGACUGA